UCCCAGGGCUAUUGUGAGGAUCAAAUGAGAGGAUAUUUGUUUAAAAAAACAAAACAAAACACUUAGCACCGUUUGCCUGACAGUUAGUAGGAGCUACAUAAAUGCUUAUUUUUUUCUUCUUGUGAAGGGUCUUUCAGAUUCUUGAAUGACCUUGUCACUCUUCCAGGUUCAUUUUGUUUUACUCCCUGAAGGUUUUUGAACUGUCUGGAGAGUCCUCCGCAGCAGUGGAUCAGGGAGCAGGGAAGAAACAACUUGUUUUAGGCAGGCCCUCUCCUUCCCAGAGACCCUCUGACCUGGCGCUCUGGGCUCCCCUGGGGGGGAGGAAUGACCUAGGCAUCAGUUACAGACCUUGUCUUCAGGCUCUCUUUCACCAGGUAACCUAACCUGGCUGAAAUGGAUUCCUGCUGCCAAAGCCAACGCUGGGAAAAUUAUCUUGGGUCAGGAGAGAGAGGGAGGAGGGAGGAGGGAGGAAGUGGUCACCGAAGGCCUCUGAGUCUCCCCAAGCUCCCUCUCCCCUAACCCUUCCCGUUUUCUGCACUGCACAAAAGGAGCUCCAGGCACUUUUAGAAUAAAGGUUUUUUUAUAAUACAAAUCCUCCUGUGAGUGGGAGCUCAGGGAAUCACUUUCACUUCUUUAAUAUGUUAAGAAUUUGUGAUUUCCUGGGUGUGCCCUCAUUCCCUGCCCAGGUAGAGAGCCCAGCCUCACCCAAGUGGUCCUUCACGAGUUACUAACGCUGAAAAAAUCCAUCUUCAUUCAUAGCCAGGAUUAGUGGGGACAGCCUGCCCUUCUGCACUUAGAAAAAGUCCUUAGAAGAGAGACUGGCAGUUCAGUCCCUUGCUUGUGCUCAGGGUCCGCCUAGAGGCCGGGAUCACCUCCGUGAGGCAUCUGAGGUGUGGCUGAUGGGGUUUGCGGGAGCCAGAGUGAAAUUUGUAAACUUUAAAGUUUGAUUUAAAUGCCAGUUAUUAUUAUUGGUCCAGACUUGUGGACUCCUAAACUCCUAAAGAAGGAAAUUCCCUCUACUACUACCACUAGCAGGUCUCCCUGACUUUGACUCUUUAGACAAGACAAGACUCUUCUUCCAGAGGCAGCCAGGAGUCAAACCUAGCCUCAGGCACUUGUUAGCUGUGUGACCCUGGGCAGGUUACUUAACCCCUACCUGCCUCAGUUUGUCACUGCUGUUGUUUUUCAGCUGAGCCUGACUCUCCGUGACCCCAUUUGAGAUUUUCUUGGCAGAGAUACCGGAGAAAUGUUGAUAGCCUGGGCACAAGUGGUGGGUGGAGAUGCUAGCAACUCCUUAGCUAAUUUUUGGUUUGAUAUUUUUUUUAAGGGGAGGGAGAGAUUAGGCAUUGGUAUAAAACCUGCCCAAGCAGCUCCUGAACUUCACAGGGUGAGGACAGUGACAAGGGGCACCUCCCUCCCACUAGAAAUGUCUGUUUUGCCACGGGGACCUGUAGUAAGGAGACUUCCCAGAAUAUUUGGGCUCAGGAGUGCAGGGCCCACUCAGGGCAGAAGUUGCAGUGAGUGGCUGUGCAUGUGUGUGUAAUGCGUAUUGGUCUCUCUACCUGCCUGUGCUUGGCUCUUUGCCUGGGCCUGGCAGUCUGUUGUUUAAUAUUUACUGAAGCUAGGCUCUCCAUGGAACAUCCACACCCUCUAGGAGCUUGCGUAUAGUACAAGGUGACAUGACACACGUAUUAGACAUGCAGCCUAUCUCCCAACAUGUAAUUAUCCCACAAACACAUAUCGAUCAUGGGCUGGGUCAGCUCCUCCGACGGCUCAGAAGAGCAGUGGGUACCAUUUCUCAUCCCAGGACAACCUCAGUCUCUGGAGCUUCCACGCGGGGGCCAGGGUUGAUUCUCCCUCUGGAGCUCAGUGGCCAAGGUGGGGCAGGAGGCUGAAAGAUGCCGUAGAGUCCGGGAAAGGGUGGUUAGGCUCUGGGGAAACAGCUGGGGAUCCUUGCACCAAGUGCCUACAGGUGAGCAACGACAGCGGGGGCCUAUAGCUCCCUCAGCUUGGGAUUCAGCCUCUCCAGAAGUGUCUGGCUUAGGGGAGGAACUGCCAAAUCUGCGGCUGCUGAAGCCUUCGGGGCUCCCAAUUAAGAUGGCUACUUUGCGGAGAUCUCGCUCCAAAAGGAAGUCCCUCCACAGAAACUCGAUGAGAUCAAAAAUGCCUGUGAAAUCCUCCAAGGUCUAUGCCACAAUACGUAAGGGAGCCCCGUGCCUGGACCCCAAGCCCCAGCAAGUGAAGAGGAUAUUUGAAGCUUUGAAAAAAGGCCUUAAGGAAUAUCUCUGUGUCCAGAAGGCUGAGCUGGAUUAUUUAUCUGGCCGUCACAAGGACACGAGAAGAAACUCUAGACUGGCGUUCUACUAUGACUUAGAUAAGCAAAUGCGCUCGGUGGAAAGGCAUAUUCGGAAGAUGGAAUUCCACAUCAGCAAGGUGGAGGAGCUCUAUGAAGGUUACUGUAUCCAAUGCCGGCUACGAGACGGUGCCUCCAACAUGCAGCAGGCCUUUGCUCUGUCUCCCUUGACGAAGGCUUCCCGGGAGAGCCUGGUGGAGCUGUACCGAAACCUCCAGGAGUGCACUGAGGACAUGUGCUUGAUUGAAGGGGCCCUGGAAGUGCACCUGGGGGAAUUUCACGUCAAGAUGAAAGGGCUGGUGGGGUAUGCACGGCUAUGUCCAGGAGACCAAUAUGAGGUAUUCAUCCGCCUGGGUCGCCAGAGGUGGAAGCUUAAGGGCAAAAUUGAGACUGAUGACAGCCAGACCUGGGAUGAGGAAGAGAAGGUGUUCAUUCCCACCCUUCAUGAACACUUUGAAAUCAAGGUCCUGGAGCUUCGAGGCCUGAGCACGCUGCUGGUUGGCACAGUAACCUGUGAGCUUGAGGACUUCUUCACCACUCGGCCCCAGACCAUCGUUGUGGACAUCACUGAGCUGGGGACCAUUAAGCUGCAGCUGGAAGUUACCUGGAACCCAUUUGACACAGAGAGCUUCUUGGUAUCCCCUGGAAUUAGCAAGUAUUCUGUGGGCAGCAGAAAAGGCUCCUUGUAUAACUGGACACCUCCGAAUACUCCCAGCUUCAGGGAAAAGUAUUAUCUUUCUCUUUUCCAGCAGCAGCAGCCAGGGCCGGAGGGCCCGAGGAACAGCCCCCCGCCUCGCUCUUUGUUGAGCUACCUGUCUGAGAGUGACUUGGGUGUGCGUCUUCGGGGGAAGAGCACCGAGAUGACCGAGGGGGACUCUUUCAGCUCAGAUGACCCCAGGGAGACCGAGACGGGAACCUCAGCUUCCACCUCAGACGGGGGCUUCCCCCUCUUUGUUCCCGAUGUCUCCGUUGAAGGGGAGCAGCAGGAAGCCUCAGCGCCGUGCUCAGGCGGGCUUUCACAGAAGGCCUCUCCAGGGGCUGGGGCCUGGCACACUGGGCCGCCUGGCCAGCCGGGCUCUGACCACAUGGAGCUGCUUGGGCCCAGGCGCGGCUCCCUGCUCCAGGAGGGCCUGGUGUUGGACAGCCAGCUGGGGAAGCUGGGCACAGCGAAGCCCGAGGAACCCACGGAGGGCCCUGGACAGUCUGUGGAGAAAGCCUUGCAGGAGGUUCUAGAUUUACUAAAGUUGAUGAAUCCUAGGCAGUCACAACUCCGGGAACUGGAGUACCAGGUUCUCUGCUUCAGGGAUCGAUUAAAGCCCAAGGUCACCAACCAGGAACAUUCAUCCAUGGAGAGUUUGAUGGAGACCAUAUUAGAAAGUUUUGACUUUUUAAAUGCUGACUUCAACCCAGAUGAACUUUCCUUAUUUGGCAGUGGCCAAGCCCACAGCAUAAAUAACGAUGGCACUUCUCAGUCUGUGAAAGCGUCAGCCAAAGAGCUCACAGCAGGGAUUCAUGAGUUAGAUGUGCUUUUGGUGGUUCAUCUCCAAGUGUGCAGAGCUCUUUUACAGAAACUGAUGUGUCCCAACUUGUCAAGACUGGUCCAGGAAAGCCUUCUGGAAGAAGUGCUGCAACAGAAAGAGGUUCUGGAGAAGCUGUCUGUUCUCGAUGUGGAGAAGGUCAGGAACGCUACGUCUGCUGAUGAGCUUAUUCCUCAGGCAAAGAAGAAGAAGCGGUAUCUGAAGAUGUGGAGUGAAUGUACCGGGCCAGGAGGGAACCUAUUCUGCUCAGCAAAAAAAUUCCAAAAUCAACUAAAAAAAAUGUUUCUGCACAAAAUUAAAGGGAAAUAUCCUGGACAACUUGAGAUAGUGUGUCGCAGGUUGCUGGAGCAGGUGGUCAGCUGCAGUGGGUUGAUCUCUGUGGGCCUCUCAGAAGAACUCGUCACUUGGUUCCAGUUUCAGAGAUACUUAGAAAAGCAGAAUGUUACCGAUCUGGAGAAACACUUUGCCCAGCUCACCAAAGAAGUCAUACUCCUUGAAGACCUGCAGUGUGCAGGACGGCUAAAGAAGAUAAAAAAGCUGAAGGGAAAGAGAUUGGGACAGCUCCAGCCACUACCCCAGACUUUAAAGACGUGGGCCCUGCUGCAGCUGGAUGAGAACCACCGGGUACGCAAAGCGGCCAUUGCUCGUCUUUCGGAUGCAGCUGGAAACAGGAGCUUUCGGGAAAAGGCACUCCUUUACUACACUAGUACUCUCUCAGACAGUGACGCAAAACUUCAACAAGCUUCAUGUUUGGCUCUAAAAUAUCUCAAAGGAAUGGAAAGCAUUGAUCAGAUUGCAAGUUUAUGUCAGUCUGAUUUGGAAGAUGUGAGGACAGCUGCCCGGGACUCAACACUAUCAUUUGGUAAAAUUAAGCUAUUAAAUAGAUGUUUCUGGAGAUCUAAAACUUUACCAUUCUGGUUAAGAGGACAGAGGUUUUGGGGAAAAAGAAGCCACACACAGGUCCUACACCUAUUUGCCUGUUUUAUUUGCUGAAUCUCACCCACAAGUUUCUUACAAUUUGACUGUUUAAAAAUAUCAACUAUAUAAUGGGUAGUUGCACAGAUGACUAUUAUUUAUUAUUAUGACUAAAAAACUUUUAUUUUUUACUAAGGCAACUGUUUUGAAGAACAGUUAUAAGGAUAAAGACAUUUUAUUUUCUCUUUAAAAAAUGAGUUCAUCACCCUUCAUCAAAGUCAUAUAGGAUUAAGAUCCCCAAAUUUCUUAAUCCCAGUCUUGUGUGUAUGGUGCUGAGGUUAAAGACUCUUAACUUGUUUAAAAAUAUCAGACAAUCCUGCCCCUAAUCCCAACCUAUGCCAUUUUUAUAAAUAAGUAGUUUUGU